UAUCUGUGUAAGGCCAUGAAAACUUUACAUUGAGGUGAAUACUCAAUUUGAAUACUAUUAUUAAUAUACCAGCAUUUACUGUUUUAUACUGGUUGUCUCAUGAUUGUACUGUAUUUGCAGUUGUGUUGUCAUUUGCUUACCCACAGUUAGCAUCUGAAACCCAUUUUGAUAAGGCUUGGACCUGGUUUUAACAUUGCCCAUAGCUGGGACUUGCUGGGAUCAACUUUCAUUGUAUGUACUUCUGUGCAAUUAAAUAAGAUCUAUUUUGUGGUAUGAAUGUUUUAUUUAUCUCGGUCCAGGUCAUGCAGGGAUAUGGAGUUCUCCUCUGCUUAUGUCUACUAACACCAGCUGUUAGAACUACAAAUCCCAAGUUCUUCCCUUGCGACAGCAACGCAGACUCCAGUGUGGUGAACUGCUCUCGGAGGGCGCUCACCCGCAUCCCAGUGAUCUGCUCAGCCUCUGUCCUUUCACUUGACCUGAGCUAUACCGGGAUUCAGCAGGUAGGGAAGGAUGCAUUCUCUGGUGUUCCAAACCUCCAGAAACUGAGCAUGACACGGAACUGUCUCCCUAGUCAUAUGAGGGCCCUGGGGUCUCCCUCGUGCCAUGUUGAGAUCCACAAGGAUGCCUUCAUGUGUCUUAAGAACCUCAGCACCCUCCUACUGGAAGGAAACAGCCUCACCUCCCCCCUCCCCAGACUACCUGACAGCCUGGAAGUCCUUAAUCUGGAGUCUAACCACCUUUACAACAUAACCCAGCCCCUCGGCACACCAAAUCUCAAGCAGCUGCUACUCACCAUGAACUGCUACUAUGGUAACCCCUGCAACCAGUCCUUCCACAUUGACGAGGCAGUCUUCAGGGAGCUUACCCAGCUGCAAUACCUUACCCUGGGUUUUAACAACGUAACAUCCAUCCCUCCGGGAAUGCCUCCCUCUCUGAAGAGACUGGAUCUGAAUGAGAAUAAAAUUUCUGUGUUGAAUGAGUGGGCGUUUGCCAAUCUGACCCAGCUCUGUCAACUCAACCUGGGCUGGAACUGCCAGCGCUGUGACCAUGCUGCUCAGCCCUGCUUCCCCUGCUUCAACAACACCCCCCUUGACAUCAACCCACGAGCGUUUUACGCCCAGAACAACUCUCUCAAAUUCCUCAGCCUGAGGGGAAACUCCCUCCGCAACAUCCCAGAGGGCCUCUUCAGUCCCCUUGUACACCUAGAGAGAUUGGACCUAUCGGACAACCUACUGGCCAUUGCCAUACGCACUGGUACCUUCUUCAUAGAGCUGAAGAGGCUCACUUGGAUCAGCCUCAUCUACAACUAUGAGCCGAUGAAAACAUUCAAGGAGCUGGUGCUGUCUCCCAACCUGACCCAGAUGUCUGGCCUGAAAACACUUCUCCUCAGUGGGAACUUCUUCCAUAUGGUCUCAGAGGAAACUGUGGCGGUUCUGGCAAAGUUCCGUUGGCUGGAGGUACUGGAGCUGCGGAUGAACUUCAUCAGGUCCUGUAAUCUGAGUGCCCUGGCCCAGCUACCAGCCCUGGUGAGGGUGGACCUUUCCCAGAACAUGCUGGAAUUUUUCCCAUCCUUCUCUACUCAGUCCAACAUGUGUAAGUCCUUUAAGAGCUUUCAGAACCAGAACCGGUAUGACACAGUGGAACUUCAGAACCCACCCAUGUUGCUCAGUGACAGGAAGGCUGUCCCAGAUGAGCCCUGGCAUCAUCCAGGUCCAGUAGUCACUGCAGCCGAGCCAGGGCCAAACACGUUGGCAAUACUGGAGGAUGAGUGCACUCAAAACCCAACUAUAUUUUCCUUCAAAAAUAAUCUCUGCAAUGGUGCCAUGUCUUUUGACCUUUCCCAAAACAACAUCCUCGCCCUCAAUGGCAGUUUGUUCCUAGGUAUGGAGAAGGCAGUCUGUUUGGACCUCUCUUACAACUACAUGAGCCAGAGCUUAAACGGCAAACAGUUUCUCCACCUGGACAACCUGGCGUACCUCAGCAUGGCCCACAACAGGAUAGAUCUGUACUAUGGAGAUGCCUUCAAGGAGCUCAACGCCACUCUGAAGGCUUUGGACCUCAGCAACAAUGAGUUUCACUUCCUAAUGAGAGGCAUGGGCCAUCGCUUUGAGUUCAUCAAGAACCUCCCCAAUCUGGAGGUGUUAAGUCUGUCUGACAACAGCAUUGGGAUGAGGAUAGAUCAUACAUUGUACAGCGACUCCCUCAGGUACCUGUAUUUCUCCGGGAACAACCUGGACAUCAUGUGGGACACUAGAAGCAAUGACUACAUCACCUUCUUCCAGAACCUGACCAACCUUAUCUACCUAGAUAUCUCCAGGAACCAGCUGAGGUCUCUUUCACCAGCAGCCUUCUGUAACCUGCCUGUCAGCCUCCAGGUGCUCCGGGUCAGUGACAACAAACUGAACUAUUUCCCCUGGGAGAACAUCACAGCGCUCGGCCGACUAUGCCACCUUAACCUUAGUCUUAACUAUCUGUCUGAACUUCCCGACAAAGUCAUACAUUUUCAGGCAAAGUUGACCCUUCUGGACCUUAGUCACAACCAGAUCAGCUUUCUCCCCGAAGACUUUUUCAGCCAAGCAUUGGCAUUGCGUUUUCUCUACCUCAACCACAACAAACUCAAGCUGUUGGAUCGGCAGUCCCUCCCUGCUCCACUGAGGUACGGCAGUGCCCUCCAGUUGCUCACUCUGCAUGCCAACCCCUUUGACUGCUCCUGUGACACUUCCUGGUUUGCGGACUUCCUGCGUGCCAGCCAGGUGGAGAUCCUCCUUCUUACCACUGCCGUACACUGUGGUUUCCCCGAGUCACAGCAAGGGGCUAGUGUGUUGUCUAUGGACCCCCGCUCCUGCCAGGAAAUUUAUGGCAGCCUGACCUUCCUCUCUAUGACCUUCCUGACUCUGGUGUUCACUGCCUUGCCCCUACUCAGGCACCUCUAUGGCUGGGAUGUCUGGUACUGCUUCCAGGUGCUGUGGGCAGGACACAAGGGCUACUCACAACUGCCUGGGGGAAACUUCCAGAGUCAGUAUGAUGCCUUUGUGGUCUUCGACACGGGCAACCACGCAGUGAGAGACUGGGUCUACAAUGAGCUGCUCAUCCACCUGGAGAACGUGGGGCGGAGGAGGUUCUGUCUCUGCCUGGAGGAGAGAGAUUGGGUUCCAGGUCUGUCCUGCAUCGAGAAUCUUCACAGUGCUGUCUACAGCAGCAUGAAGACCGUGUUUGUGCUGACGAGUGGGGCAAGCGGCGGGGGAGCACGGGUUAGCAGAGUAGAUGGGGUGACUCGCCAGGCCUUCUACAUGGUGCAGCAAAGGCUGCUGGAUGAAAAGGUGGACGUGGCGGUGUUGGUUCUGCUGGACGAGGUGUUUCCCAAGCUGAAGUACCUGCAGCUGAGGAAGAGGCUCUGCAGGAAGUCUGUUCUGUCCUGGCCCAGAAACCCUCAGGCCCAGCCACUGUUCUGGAACAACAUGAAGACAGCACUGGCCUCCGACAACAUCCGCUCGUAUGACAGCAACGUCAGCGAGAGCUUCAUAUAGGUGGGUCGAUCCACAAAUAGAGUGCCUUUUAUGUCCUUGUGACAUUGUCUGUAAAUGUUGAUAGAAUACUCAAUUUAACAGUUGGAUAACAUACAGUACAUCUAUAACUACACUAAACCAUGUUAGAAAUUCCAAUAGUAUUGUGUUUUCAUUCAAAUAAAGUUGUUGUUUUCUCUGAAAAUCCCCAUUUUGCCAUGUCCCACGUUAUGUUUGUCGGUCUUCUAUGAAUAUUUUCACUCACUUCACCCCAAAAUGUGCCCACGUUUUCACCAUCAUUGUAAAGCCCUAAGUAAUGUGUUGCUGUGGUAGUCAUUUCGGAAGAUUAUCGUUUAUUUAAUGUGAUUGGAGAUUCAUUUACAUUUGUCCCUCUUGUUUUAAGGUCAAUCCUGUUAUGUGAACUGAACUCUCGUUUUAAUAUGGUGAAACUAUUACUUUACAAAAAAAAUGUUUUAACAAGAAGCAUUGAACAUCUAAUAGUUCUUAAUUUUGUGUCCAUCAUAACACAUCAACCCUGUCACCCAUAAAUAGAUAACUUGUUAAAACAUUUCUAGCUUUAGAAAAAUGGCACUUUAUUCUUGGAAUGAUCCAGCUCUACUAAUAAUGGAGUGGUUUUACAGUAUAGCAAAUCUCAUGUGCUUUACACUGUCAAGAGGAGGGGAAUUCACUCACAACAUUUUCUGGAUUGAACUCUAUUUUUUUCUUUGUGGCUAUCAGAUGGUAUUAUAAAAUCAAGGUGAAUAUGUGAAUUGUUUAAAAAAAUGUUUGUCUACAAUGCGUUUACAGAAUAAGUUUGAUCCUUCAAAGAUAGUUGCUUAUUUUGGGUUGGUUUAACUUGUUGCAGUUUGAAGAACAUUUUCAGAAAUAAAUACAUGCAUUUAGUUACGUGUUAAUUUUGAUCAGUAUUUAAUUAACCGAUUUCAACAAAGGCCACACACAUAUUACAGAGAGGGAACAAUGUCAUUAUUGUGUAUUAAAACUCAUUCCAUGUAGAAGUUUACCACCAUAUCGAGAGCAAUGGUGUCAUCCAGCCCACACUACAACUUCCACUAAAUGUAAAUUCCUCCUCAUCACUCUGUUCUUCACUUCCAUAUAAACGAGAACUGAGAUUGGUGGUUCUUUUCUAAUGUUGUCAACAGGUGAAUAAAGUGUUCUUUUUUUGCCA